AUGAUACCAAUUCUCAUUUUCCUCUCUGCCACGUGGAUUUCAUCAAUCCACAGCUCCACCAGACAACUUCAAGAAUUAGCCAAUGAACACAUGGAACUCUUCAAUGAUAUUGUUCUAUCAAUAAAUCUGACCAAAUUCCGCGAAAACUUCAAAACACCCUAUACAAUUCAUUGGUGUGAUGAUGAAUUUCGCCUCAAAACCACGCAAGUUGAUGUAAUUCGCGAUGAUUUCGAUUAUCCGAUUGGAAGUGAUGCAAGUUUUGGAUUAGGUUUAGUUGCAUUCGCUGCAAAAUGGGUUGUUGAUGACAAAAUUUUGGAGUAUCGAACGCAAGGUUUCAAUAUGCAAAAUAUUCAUCGACUUGAAAAAAUUGGGGAGAAAUUUAUUUUUAGCGAGGAGACGAGACAUGUUUGCCAUGAGAAUUUGUAUUAA